AUGACGAUGCUUGGUAGUGUUGCAAUGUUGAGAACGAGUCCUGUGCGAGUGGAUGGCCAUUUGUCAAUAUCAACGGGACCCACCUAUACGGCAAAUACGGGGGGAGUUGUGAUUGCACAAGACAGGAACUCCAACAUCCUAUCUAUUGCAUUUGCACUUAUGGAGGGUGAGGAUGCUGAGUCAUGGUCUUUUUUUCUAUCCCACCUCCGCCAGCAUAUGACUCUACUGUCGGGUAUUCUGAUGAUAUCAGAUCGGCACAAUGGUAUCAAGGCGACACUUGAAGCUUCCGACGGGGGUUGGCUACCACCUGCUGCAUACCAUGCAUUCUGUAUUCAAUAUAUGGCGUCAAAUUUUUCCCUGACUUUUAAGGGCAAGGAUGCACGUAGGCUUCUGGUGAAUGUCGCUAACAGGAUUGAUAUUCUACAAACUGAAGAUCCUGCCAUGUGUGAUUGGGCUAACAGAAUUAAGUAUGCGAUGUGGACUCAGCAUUGGAAUAAAGGUAGGAAAUUCGGACAUAUGAUGACGAAUAUCUCCAAGUGUGUGAAUUUGAUACUGAAGGGAGUGAGGAACCUUUUUGUUUGUUCACUGGUGAAGUCCACGUACAGCAGAGAUAAUUCUGAGUUUACUGUCGCCGAGACCAUACCUACUGGGUCCUUCUCACUUGGUAGUUAUAGAGUGUCACUCAGACCCUAUGUGCAUAAGGUGUAUCUCCUUAGUUCGGUGUUCAGUGUGAUAGGAUUCAUCCCUACGGUCCUUGAGGAUUUUUGGCCACCGUAUGAUGGACUCACAUUCAUACCGAAUUCCUUCAAGAGGUGUGCGACUAAAGGGUGUCCCAGGACCACUAGGAUUCGGACUACCAUGGACGAGGCUGACUCGAGUAGGCCCAUGAGAUGUGGACUGUACAGACAGCCAGGACAUACAUGUAGGACGUGUCCACAGGGAGGUGUCACCACGGGUACCGGAGUUGAUGUCUAG